AUGCCGAUGCAUCAUUACCCUGAGGACCAGCGCCAACAGCAGAAUGCAACCCCUUAUACGGACCGCUCAGAGGAUGAUCCGCCUCCGAGUUACACUGUAGUCGACAAUGAAGGACCUCACGCGAAUCCAUUUGACCUGCUGCCCAGCAGCUCAUCCUCCCUUGGUCUGCAUCCCUUCAAGGGGACGUCCAACGACAGAGUAGUCUACUAUCUCGACAAGCGUCUUGAUACAGACCCUGAAUUUCUCGAGCAGCACAUCUCAGAGCUCGCCAAGGAACCACCAAGACCAUACGUCCGCAUCCAGGGUCUAGACCGCAAGUCCGGCAAGGGUGUCGACUUUGACAUCCACAUUGAACUCACGCCCCUGCUGUAUCAAGAGAUGGCAACCCGCCGUUCGUGGAGACGCAUACGCGCCGUGAACAACUUCGACAAGGGUUUGGGGGCAGCGGACCGCCUGAGGAGGGCACGCCGGGUGUUGCGCAGUGGUGCUAUCGAUACUGUGCGAGCAGAGCCGGUCUAA